UGUUCCCCCGUGUAUUCAGCUGACUAGGAACACCACGUGUAGAGGUAGUAUAUUUAAUUGUAUUUUUCUCUCGCAUUUAUCAUGUGGAAGCCAUCCUUGCGGAUCUAAGCAAACCUAUGGCGAUCUUGCUGCAAUCUGAUGAAUGAGGGACAAAAGCUAUUUAUUAGAAUCGGAAUCUCAUUUACUGUUAGAAGCACUGAAACAGCUACGUUCGAUCAAGCAUGCCUGGAAGUAAUAACACGAGCAGAAAUUUUACCGAAGCAACGAUUUCAACUCACGAUGUGGUUUUCGCCUCCUUGUACUCCUUCAUAGUUCUCUUUGGAGUGAUAGGAAACUCAAUCGUGAUCACAAUAAUUCUCAAAACCCAAUCAAAUCACACAACAACUAACUAUCUGCUAAUGAACUUGGCUUUGGCAGACUUACUAACGUUGUUGUUUUGCCCUGGACUGUACGACUUUGCGCUUCAGAACGUUUAUCUAAAUGGAUUCUCGGGAGAUCUGAUCUGCAAGCUGUUUGCAGGAAAUGCAAUAGUUCCAAUUACCAUCAACGUGGCCGUUCUUACGGUUUGCACGAUUGCUGUGGAAAGGUAUCUGGCGCUUCUCAAACCUUUUCACUCUAAUUUGAGAAUCAAGGAGGAUCGGGUUAAAUAUUUCAUAGCUGGGCUGUGGUUGUUAGGCUUGUUGUCGUGCAUCCCAGAUAUUCAAGCCAAUACGUACAACGUCACUUCGACUUAUUCAAAAUAUCCCUGCAAACGUCCAUGGAGUUUAGAUGAAUACUUCCUUCACAAGCCCUUUAUCAUCUUCACGUGUGCUGGUUUUGGUGUGGUGAGUUUUGUUAUCCUUCUAUUCUGCUAUUUUGAAAUCAUCCGUGGCUUAUAUUUCACAAAAACAAUUUUUUCCGAGUCGUCUGUCACGGGAAGCCGUGAAAAACAAGAAAAAAAACGACUGGCUAAACUUCUCAUUUGGCUCACCAUUAUAUUCGCCCUCUGCUCGCUGCCAUUUGCUGUAUUUUUCAUAUUUUUGAUAUCUUCUAAGCAAGCAUUCGUCCAGGAUAAUUACAAUACUCUUCAUCUACUUCACAGACUAUGUCGUUUUUGCCUUUUUUCGAACUCCUUUUUCAAUCCAUUCCUUUACGCCUUGCAAAGUUCCAAUUUUAGGGACGGUUUCAAGAGAAUCUUCCAAAGCUGCAUGCUCUUUAGAGCCUUAAGAAGAACAUCUCAGAAAUCUUACUGUGUGGAACUAGGUGGACUUGCUAAGCUGUGAGGUUAGAGAAACAGUUUUGUGCCCUCAAUUAGGUACCACUGUCGCAACACUUGAAACAAUCACCAUACUCAUACAGAAGGACUAAAAAUCGCCCACUAUAACAAGCUCCGCCGUAAAUAAGAACUGAUCCCUGCCAUUAUUCAUGGAGGAUUAUUUCAUUCGCAUGUUCUCGAGGAUAAUUACAAAAAACUUCUAUCUUUACGAUGCCGAAAUAUAAAACUAUUACUUUAGGUCUUAUUUCCACACAGUUGAUUCCAAAUCCUAAUCAGCAGAACUUUUAUUUAAUCUUAAUUGUAAUUUUCAUGGCCUCACUAAUCAUCGUAAUGAUAUGUAGCUAGGUUGGCAACGGGUACUUUAAACUUUAAUGAAAUACUCCCAAAACAGGUUUUUCGGUACCUAUUUGCAAAUAUGAAUGCUAACUAUAUCUGACAAUCUAUUGUUAAAUUCUAAAUUCUAAUACAUUGUUUAUUAUCUUUUAAAAUUCCCCUGCAUUAAUAAACAUUUGCUAUUGUC